GGUAGUGCAGCGCUGUGUGUGAUUCCUACCAGCUGUUUCCCGCCUUGAAAGACAUCCGAUCAGCUGCAAACACACACAUGCAGAAGGAGGGAGGGAACGAGCGCGAGCGCGAGCUCCACACACACUACGAGGGAACCCCAUCAGCUGGAAGAGUAGAGCAACCUUACAACUCAACGCUCAUGCCCGAAAUCAGCAGGACACGCACAGGACUGCUUCUUAAAUCAGAAAGAGUUUGUUUUUAAACCGAUAAAGUACAAGAAGAAUCGAGGAGCCAGGGCUGGAGAGAAGCGGGGAAGCAUGGAGUAUUUCAUGGUGCCAGCUCAGAAGGUGCCCUCCUUGCAACAUUUCAGGAAAACUGAGAAAGAAGUCAUAGGGGGCUUGUGCAGCUUAGCAAACAUUCCCCUCACGCCAGAGACGGCGCGGGACCAGGAGCGGCGUAUUCGGCGGGAGAUCGCCAACAGUAAUGAGCGCCGGCGCAUGCAGAGCAUCAACGCUGGCUUCCAGUCUCUGAAAACACUCAUCCCGCAUAGUGACGGAGAAAAGCUAAGCAAGGCUGCCAUCUUACAGCAGACGGCUGAAUACAUCUUUUCUCUGGAGCAGGAGAAGACACGGCUGCUACAACAAAACACCCAACUCAAACGCUACAUACAGAAGGAGUUCAGCGGCUCAUCCCCGAAGAGGAGGCGCGCCGAGGAGAAGGAUGAAGGGAUUGGAUCUCCAGACAUUCUGGAGGAGGAGAAGGUGGAGGAUCUUCGGCGCGAGAUGAUUGAACUCCGACAACAGCUGGAUAAAGAGCGCUCUGUUCGCAUGAUGCUGGAAGAACAGAUCCGCUCAUUGGAUGCCCACUUGUACCCAGAGAAGCUUAAGGUGAUCGCUCAGCAGCUCCAGGAGCAGCACGUGCAGACACAAACUCUGCUUCAUCUUCAACAGCAGCAACAAGAACAGCUGGGCAAAGAGACCACCACACCUGCUCGCAGCCCGCUGGUGUUUUCUCCUGCCACGCCACCUGCGCCCACUCAUCACGCCACAGUAAUUGUUCCCGCCCCUGCGCUGCCGCCCCCUCCCCCCCAUCAUGUCACUGUGGUAACCAUGGGCCCCACCUCCGUGAUCAACACAGCAUCCACAUCACGACAGAACUUGGACACCAUUGUGCAGGCCAUCCAGCACAUCGAAGGCACGCAGGACAGGAUGGUCGUGCCCGAGGAGGAAAAGCGGCGGGCGGUCAUCGUCACCCCGGGCCGUGUCCUCACAGACACCGGCGACUCCGACACCGCCUCUGACAACGAAGGAUCUGAGGACUGUUAACUGCCCCGGUCACCCCCGCCCCCAUAUCAACCCACCACAUGUAACGGGGGGCACGGAGAGGGGGCGAGGGGGCUGUGGGGAAGGGCCUCCCACAGAAAUAUUCUUUCUUUCUCUCUCCUCUCUUUUUGUUGCUGUCUUCUUCACACUCGCAUACGGGACUCACAGACUCAAUGACUUGAAGGUUUCUUGGUAGGGGGGGGGGGGCAAAAUAAAAGGAAAAAAAAGCAAAUGUGCCGCAAACAGAACGAGCACGCUUAUGUAUGCUCACACAAUACACUAUAACCCCAUAGCACUCUGGUAACUUGUUGAUACAUUCACAUGAUACAGCUCUUACUCAUACUCCGUUGAAUUGACUUCUGUUUUACCAACAUAUGCUCCCAGGUAAGCGAUUUUGUGAGGGAAUCACAAAAUCUCCAUCAGAAUCUACCACAGGUCUUCCAGGCCUCUGCUUUAUCACUUCCUGCUCUACAUCCCGCCCAUAAGAGGGCAGUGGAGUGUUCUGAUCGAAGGAAUCCCAUUCCCACGUCUCAUCUCGUAAAAUGAACCUUUUGCCCCACUCUCUGGUUGCAUCAUAUUCCUCUUUCCGUUCUGGGAGGCUUGAAGCAUCACUGUGAGCCAAUAAGACUUCAGAAACCUGUUCCACACCAUGGCUUCCGAAACUUUAGAGGAAAUGUUACCUUUCUUUUGUUGUUGUUUUUUGGCGCAGACUUGCCCCUAGUUUUCCAUUUGCCGGCGGGCACCUUUUGAUUGUCGAGUUCUCAAUGGAGGGACAAAGACCGUCACUGCUUAGAGGGGCUUCGUGUCGCGCACUUUGUAAAUAACACAAAGUUAUUCUACAAAGAAGGGGGACUUUGUGCACUUAAUGUCGCUCACCUUUACUGGGCUGGGUUCCCAGUAUGCAUGUUGGUGCAAGGGUGAAGCACUCCCUCCGUCUCGUCAAACGCCCCUGGUCCUGUCCUCACAGAUGAUUUUGAAAUUCUGGCCGAAUUUUUGUCUUUUGUAUGACAAAUGGAAUAAGCUAACCGCCAGGUACUCGUACCUGCAAGGAAAUUAGUGUGUUUUAGCACACUUGCUAAUGUAAACCUAAAGCUUGUUUUUUUAUUUUUUAUUUUUUGGAGAAAGUGUGGAAAUAGCACUACCAGGGUUGUCGUGGACCAUUUUCAGCCUAUGCAGCUCUUUUGGUUCUCGCCCCCCUUUGAGAGCAACUUUGUGGCCCAUUUGGUCUUCUCCCGGAAGUAUUGUCCUGUCCGUUUGUCGUGUCCGACGCUCUGUAAGGAUGUUUGCAGUGACACUGCAGAGUGACUAGCCCGUAAUCAUGCGCUCCAGCUCUAUGCACUCGCUGGUUCACUCGGCUCGCUUGAAUGUUUUAAUUUCCCUGUAUCUCUUGGCGCUCGACAAGGACGUUCGUACACGCCACGCCAGAUAAUCACGUGCAAGGUGGUGCUACUCCUGCAAGAGCUCUCCGGAUAAGUCAAGGAUGUCCAGUCUGGUUCCUGGAGGGCUACGGUCCUGCAGAGUUUGGCUCCAACCCCAAUUAAACACCUGAAUAAAGGAUUACUACAGGUAUGGAAUGGAACAAAUUAGAGCUAAACUUUUGCAAGAUGUUGGUCUUCGGGACCAGGCUUGGACACUCCUGGGAUAAGCCAUGCGAUAGUGUGAGCUCUUCAUGCCCCUGGUGGGAUUGAGAGACUUGAGUGUAUCCUGUGCGGAGCAAUGGCAGUGGCUUGCCUUAACACAGCUUCGGUGUGCACGGUGAGGCACAGAGGCCUGCCUUAAACUAGCCCUGAAGGUGGCGCUAGAGAGCAAGGCCGGAGAGCGUUGUUAAGACAUGGCGCCCCAUGUUCAUCUCUUCUCGCGGUUCACGUUUACAAACAUUCCAGAACAGUCUACUGUUGUGUUUUGCAUUGGGUUGUCGACACUAAAAGUCGGCAAGAUUUGGCCAUAGACGAAGAUGAGAGAUUCAAAAGUGUGCAUGUCCCCAUUCCCUUACGAAAUAUUACAGGAAAUCUUUUUGCUGCUGGAUUUAUCAGGUGCUGUCAGCACGCUGGACCUUGUCAUUCGUAUUGCGGAGAAGACUGCAGGGAAUCAGGGCUUCCAGAAGAACGGGCUGGUCUAAUAUUGGCAGAUUUUCUUUUUUUGUUCAUUUGUACUCGCGCGUUUUUAUUUGGAUAAUGGGUCAUAGAGACUAGCGUCC